GAGAUUUUUCUGCUGUCCAGCAUUUUUUUUUUCACUUGUUUUGAACAUGGAGAAAUAGUGAGGUCUAAGCUUUGAAACAGAGAAAUACAAAGGAGAGGAGAACCAGAACAGUACAACUUGUCUCUGGCGUGAGAGAGAAAGAAAAAAAAAAGAAAAAAUAAAGCAGAGUCUGACUCAAGAUAUCGAGCUGUGUGCAAACUAACGUUUAACUUCGUUAGAAACACAGCUUUUGUGUUUUUUUUAAGAGCUAGUAAGAAAAUUUGGUUGAAUGCUUCAAUAGAGACGGGACGUGAUUUCCAGAAAACGAGCUGAGUACUGCAACGUUUUGUGACAAGAUUCUCUAGGGAGCCCUCUUCAGCCACACGCGGGACAGAGCAGUAGCUGCCAUUUCCUGGCAGGUGGACAAAUGAGUGCAGGUUUGUCCUGGUUUAACCAUUAAACAUCAGCUUUAUCCAGGAACGUUCCUGCUGAACGCCUAGAAAACGCACAACGCUUGGGAGGUUUCACCUGCUUUGGGAAAAAUGCUGGGAAGGAUUGUCUUUUUCCUCUGCCUGCCAUCUGUUUUGGCUGCACAGCUUUGCAAACCAAAUGCUGCCGAGGGCUUCAAAGUUCGACUCAGCAUCAAAACCGCUCUGGGAGAUAAAGCUUAUGAGUGGAAUAGAAAUCAGCGGUUCCUCUUCCAAGCAGCCAUUGCUUUUGCCAUGAGCCAUCACUUGGACCUAGAAUUUAACGUGUCAGACGUCCUCGUGUGUGAUGAGACUCCCAGAGUGUCCUUUUGGUUUGUGGUCACGUCACCUGGCGACCCCUCACGUCUUGUAGGCAAAGAAAGCGUGGAGUUGGCUGUCAGAAAGUCCAGGGACCGCAUCAACAACAUCCUCCUGCUCAAUGACGCGACUCUGGAGUUCAUUGGCGUCCUGCCCACCCUGGUAGCCCCCGUUAAACCUGCGACCCCUCCGUGGCUCAUUGUGUUUGGGGUGGUGACAGGCAUAGUUGGUGCCGGCAUCGUCUUUCUGCUCGUGUCCACGGUGGUCCAAAGGAAACGCAAGGAGAACAAGGUGGCAGAAGAGGAGGACGACGAUGAAGAGGCGCAGAUGAAGAGAACAGCUAGAAAUGAAGGCAUUUACAACACUUCAUUCUCAGAAGAUGACCGAAACACACAAAUGUAAAAAAAAUUAAUUAAUUAAUCUUGUGAUAUAAGUCUUCCGUGUAAACAGAUGUAAUGGCAAAAUAAUAUUUAGCUGCUUUGUUUAAAACCAAGUUGGAAAAAGUAAUGUUUGAAAAUUGUGCAAAAUUGUAAUAUUACUACAGAGCUGAUCUUUAUGUUUUUACUUUUGUUCUCGGAUGCUCUCAGCAAAGUAUGUACUUUUAUUUCUGCCAAACCCGGCACAUAAAGCACUCUUUCAUUUUUAUACCUGUUCUUUAUUCAAACAUGUCGUCUUAUGUGUGAUGUCUGAAUUUAAAUUAAAGAUUUCUCUCUAA